ACCUAGUAUAUUAUAUUUAUAUAUAUAUAUAUAUAUAUAACUAUACUAGAUAUGAGCAAUGUUGUCCUAGAGAUACUAUCUAGUACUCUGCAAGUCGAAAAGAGGAAUAAUAAGCAUCCACCUAAAGUACCUACUAAUAAGUAAGUACCUAAUAAUCUCGAAUUAAUGCAUCUUUGAACCUAAAGUGUGACGGCAUCCAAUUCGGUGGAGGCAUGCAUUUGCUCGGAUAGUGCUCAAGUAUGGUGAGGAAACACAUAAUUAAAUGAAUGCCAACAAUCACAAUCUAUGAAAAGUCCUUGGCCACUUCAAACAUGGUCCUUGUAGAAUUUCCCCUUCUGCAUAAAAUACCGAGACGAUCAUACAGAGUACAGAGUACAGUAUGGAUGUGCUCCAUUGCCGGUGGACUUUUCCUCGCUCUGAUGGCUCGUUUGAUGAGUGAUGGUUGACAUACAAACGGGUCGUGCAAAUCCGAAUAUAAUACGAGUCGAGAUAAUGAAUGAUAUGAGAAGGAUUUGGUAGAACAUAGGUACCCAGUCAGCUAGUAUUGACGUUUCUUCCUUCCUUUGUCCUUUGUCCUUCGUAUUUUAUAUCGAUUUCUCAGCAGGAAGCUAGCACUAACUUCCAUUCUUCAACCAUUAAUUAUGGGAAACAACUCCAUCUCCAUCUUCGUUGCCAAUAAUGUUAAGAAAUCCAAGGAGAAUCGGUGGAACAUCCAUACUUUGAUAUAUUGGUCGGAUCUGUCAUCUCAACCGAGCCGCUUGGUAAAUCCGGGAAACGGGAUGGGCGGGAUUAACACAAACUGAUUGAUUCCUUAUCAACGAUAACGGUGGGAACUAGCUGAUAGUUUUCCGUAUAUUAUCGUCAUCAAAUAUCGAAGUUUUUACUUCCUCCAUGCAUUCUAUUUACGCCGGCUUCUCAACGUAGCCAUGUACCUGCGAAACGCGGGCAGGAGGUCGGGGCUUAUUGUACCAUCAUGUAACAGGUUAUUAUUCAAUACAUUAUCUUCUACACACCGAAUAUCUCAUCAGGCACGUCAACAAUCAAGUCAAUUGUUAAUUCGACCAAAGAAGGAAACGAUUGGAAAUCAUGUAUAUACCAAGGUUCCCCAACGUUUAGCCCAUGCGCAAAGAUAUCAACCUUUUGUCCCCCCUUCGCCAGCAUCUUUGGGAAAAGCUGCUCCUCCAAAGCUAUAUCCUCGAUCCAUAAAAUGGGGACGAAGAUUACUAUAUGUCUCGGCGGCAACAGGCAUAGCCUAUCUCAUAGACACCCAAUUGUACGCAUCCUCUAUUACCAGAUCAUUGCGAACAUUCGGCCUGGGUAUAUUGGUGGCGAUCGAUUAUAAGCUCAAUUUUAGACCAAAUCCGAUUCUGGGGGGUGACAUCACGGACUUGCAUAGGAGAAAUGCUGAGAGGAUGUUCAAUCUUCUACACCAAAAUGGAGGAUUGUACCUGAAAAUCGGACAAGCAAUUGCUAUGCAAAGUGCGGUCUUGCCUCCAGAAUUCCAGAAAAUGUUUGCGAGAAUGUUCGAUGAUGCUCCGCAGAAUGAGUGGCGCGAUGUAGAGAGGGUUAUCAGGGAAGACUUUGGAGGUAAAAGUCCAGAGGAAGUGUUCGGUGUUAGUUAUACAAAUAAGCCUGGGAGUGGAAUUAUCGAAACAAAAGCCAGAGCUUCAGCAUCUGUUGCGCAAGUUCACUGGGCGAGGUUGGCUGAUGGGAGAGAAGUGGCAAUCAAGGUUCAGAAGCGAGAGAUUGCUAGCCAAGUGGGUUGGGAUCUGUGGGCUUUCAAAGUAGUGAUGAAAGUUUACACAUAUUGGUUCGACCUUCCAUUAUACAGUCUAGUGCCUUAUAUUACUGAGCGCUUGAUGCUGGAAACGGACUUUGUAAAUGAAGCGAAUAAUUCGGAACAGAUGGCCGGACUAGUAGCAGGCGAACCACGAUUGAACGGCCGUGUUUAUAUUCCCAAGGUAUAUCGUGAUCUUUCCUCGAAACGAGUCAUGACGACAGAAUGGAUUGAGGGCGUACGUCUCUGGGAUAAAGAAGCUUUGACAGCUCCUUGGUUGGGCGGAUAUGGCAAAGGUUCUCCCGGAGCAAAAGGCACCCCACUGUCAAACCCUUCGCCAAACAUCCUCUCAAGUAGCAAUCCUAAACCUGAUCGUAGUACGGAAUGGAGAGGUCGUAAUGGCAAAGGUGGUCUAGGCCUCAGUUUGAAACAAGUCAUGACUACCAUGGUCGAUCUCUUUUCCGCACAAAUGUUCCUCUGGGGAGUUGUACAUUGCGAUCCUCAUCCAGGGAACAUUUUUAUCCGAAGACAGCCCAACGGUCAGCCAGAACUUGUCUUAAUCGAUCAUGGUCUAUACGUUUCCAUGACUCCAACUUUUCGUCACCAAUACUGUCAAUUCUGGAAAGCUAUCAUGACCUUCGACAAUACCUCGCUUAAUGAAAUCACUUCUGCAUGGGGUGUCAAGGCCCCCGAUCUUUUCGCAUCGGCAACUCUCAUGCGUCCAUAUGACGGUGGCGACAACAGUACCAAAGAUCGCAUCACCAAGGAUCUCAAAGGCAAAACAGCCGCGGAGCGUCACUACGAAGUCCAAGAAAGACUCCGUCAAGGCAUCCGAGACGUCCUCUCCGAAGAAGAAAAUUUCCCCCGUGAACUCCUCUUUAUCGGUCGCAAUAUGCGCAUUGUGCAAGGCAAUAAUCAAUUUCUCGGCUCCCCUGUUAACCGCAUCAAAAUGACGGGUUCAUGGGCAUCGCGCAGUCUGGUCGAUAGCAAGGAUUUGAGCUGGAGAGAGAGAUGGGUUAACGGGUGGAAACAUCUCUUGUUCAGAUUUGUAUUGUUGAGCACUGAUAUGGCUUUCUGGGGAAGUAAAAUUAGACAAUUGCUUGGAUGGGGCGGAGGCAUGGAGGAUGAUAUUGAGAGACAGAUGAGAUUUUUGGCCAAAGAUCAAUUCGGAGUGGAAUUGCAACAUGGUGUGUUUGAUGGAUAGAGUUACGUAUGUGCUGCGGCGGGGGAGGGGGAGUGGGAGCGGGUGUAACAUUACCGUGCAAUUAGUUAUUAGUUAGUCGUGUAUUAUAGAUGAAAAGUCCAUUUGUUUCUUAGCGGGUUAUUAUAUCAUGGAUAGAGUAGACUAGAUAUCCACUCCAUAGUGCUAGAUAGAAAUAGCUGUAUAAUCAAUCACAAGUUGAAGUUACCAC